UUAAUUUUAUUUUAUUGAUUUUGUAUUCGCCGAUAAAUUCAGAUAGAUAAAAAUAAUAUGCAAAUUUAAAUUAAAGAAGAAUUCGUAAACAUGUGUAUAGCCAACGCUACUUCCUUUUAAACAGCUGGUUAAUAAAAAAAUAGAGAUGGAUACAGGUGUAGAAUUUGUUGUUAAUGAUACUGUAUCAGACCAUUUGUAUCCAGCAUUGUUUCAGUGUUUUACUAUUAUUAUUUGUGGAUAUAUAGCAGGACGACUCAAUGUUGUCUCUAAAUCGGAAUCUAAAGGUAUUGCUACAUUUGUUGGAACUUUUGCAUUACCCUCUCUCAUAUUCUUGUCAUUAGCGCGUCUUGACUUUAGCAUAGUUAACUGGACAUUUCUGGGUGCAAUACUGUUAGCUAAAGGACUUGUCUUUUUUGCUGUGGUCAUUGUUACAUUGUUAGUUUCAAGACCUAUACACUUAGGACAAGCUGGAAUAUUUGCAAUAUUUUGUACACAGAGUAAUGAUUUUGCAUUAGGAUUUCCUAUAAUUAAUGCUAUAUAUGAAAAGACACAUCCGGAGUAUUCUCUAUAUUUAUAUUUAAUGGCACCUAUAUCUCUUGCCAUACUCAAUCCUGUUGCAUUUAUCCUGAUGGAGAUAGAUAAGCAGAGACAAAGUCCACCAACAGUAGUUGUUCCUCAACAACAUUUACAAAAGUUGAAGAUGUUACUGCAAUUAUGUAAAGGCAUUAUCUUCAAUCCAGUACUAGUCAUGACCAUUCUUGGUAUAAUGGGAAAUAUUGUUUUUCAACAUCAAUUAUCUGUUUACAUUGAGGGUCUGUUAGAAGUAUUUGGACAAUCUUUCUCUGCAGCAGCAUUGUUUUUAUUGGGCUUGCGAAUGGUUGGACAAAUAACAAGAUUAAGAGGACCUGCUCUCAUACUACCUUGUGUAUUGAUAAUGGUGAAAUUGAUCAUUCUACCAGUGGUAAUGAGAGAAUGUGUGAGUACAUUAGAUGCUGGAACAAACCAAUCUGAAACUCAGUCUUUAUCUACAUAUGCAUUCUUGUAUGGAACAAUACCAACUGCACCAGCUGUGUUUGUGUUUUCCAAUCUUUAUCAUCUGGAGAUUGACUUGAUGGCUUCAUCCAUGGUAAUCUGCACAUUUUUGUCGGCGCCUAUAAUUUUCCUCUCCGCGGAAGUUAUAUCAAUUAACAAGGACUAUGCGGAACAAAUACAAAAAUUUGGUUUUGAUCUAUCAAUAGUAGCUCUACUAGCAGCUCUCUGGGUGUUCAUGGUCUUUACAGUCACCAAGAAAUAUAAAAGAAUACCACAUAGAUUGACUUUAUGCCUUAACAUUUCUCAGAUAUUCCUAGCUAUAAGUAUGCUCUGGGGUGGACCGUCUAGCAGCUAUUCACCAACAUGGCAGACAACAAUGCAACAAACAUUGCAGCUGUUCAGUACAUACUCUUGCUUGCUAUGGACACCUAUGCUGACUAUAGGAUUGCUAAUGCUGGAGAGUCGCGGGCCGUGCUUCGUGGUGUCGCUGUGGCCGGUGCUGGCGUUCGUGGCGUGGGGCGCGCCCGCCGUCAUGGUGGGCGCGCUGCUGGCCGCCUCGCGCGCCGACAUCGGCUCGGACGCGGCCGACGCCAUCCGGCUCUGUGUACUGUUCUUCUGUAUCACUUUGACGACGGGCUGCCUCAUCCUGUACGCGCGGUUCCGUCGUCGCGGCUCGCUCGAGACGCCGUCAGUGUUCGACGAGUCGUCCAGCCUCGUGGAGAACGCGGAGCCCACCUCGCAGACUCAAUCACUAUCUAACUUUGAAGGAAUGGAGGAUCAGGGUUGCUAUGGGACAAUAACAGCAACACCAUCGCCGAACAAGAACGGGAAUUGUUGCUCUAACGAUCCUAACUGCAACAAUGGACUUGCUGCAGACAACUCGCGUGACAUUGAAGAUAUCGCCAACAACGAGAGAGAUUGCGCUUGCCCUCCGUCCCAGAAGUUGAAAUGCAACUCGAACGCUCCUUGCCCAUACUUGAACGAGCUGGACCAAGCCGCCAACCAGUUGGGGCUCCUCCCGCCGGAACAGAGCCGUGGACGCGGAGGACAGCUGCUCAAACACACCGUGCUCAUUAUAGCUUACAGUCUCAUGAUGUUUCUGGGGUUAACCUUCACGGCUUGGAAGAUGAUGCGUAAGGAUCAAACAGGUGUUUUUAUAGAGAUUGAAUUCCUUGACACGGCCGCGAGCAAUGGGCAGGCUUUAAUCAUGUUCAUACUAUUUGGACUUGAUCCUGAAGAAAUUUUCAUACCUGCUUUACGAUAUCUCAGGACUAAAUGGCAUGGAGCAGAUACAGUAGUGUUGCCACCAGUAGAUGAUCUCAAGUUCGAAACUAAACAUGUUUGUGAGCAGUUCAUCACGCACCACCUUGACCGUUGUAAAGAAGCAAUUGCAAAAGACACUAGAUGGCGCAUGCGCACUUAUCGGAACGUAUUCCGCGGGUCAUGCUUGGUGCGCUGGCUGAUCCAGUGCGGGCUGGCCAAUGACGAGCACGAGGCCGUCACGUACGCGCGACACUUGCUGGACGGCCGCCUCAUCGCGCACGUCAACAACGCGCACCACUUCACCAAUUCCACGCUUCUGUACACCUUCAAGUAGUGACUGAACCGACAUUGAUUAUAUGAUCUUUGUUCGCUAUUCCGAUUAGAUUUAUACAAAAGUUAAAGUUAUAUAGCCGACUUUUUAAACAUUUCCUUUUUUUCACUCGUUAUAAUUAAUUUAUUGUCAUAUCACAAGUACUUUUUAAAUAUGUUAAGAAAUAAUUAUUUUCAACAUCACUUUAAAUGAAUAAUAGUAGAAUUUCGUUACGUCUACGUUAAUAUUAAUUAUUUACACUUGAUAAUUUUUUCGCUACAAUAUGAAAUAUGAUGUUGAUACUAUUUGAAACUAUUUUGGGUUUAAUUUGAACGUAAUUUUUCUCUUUAGUAAUAAUAUUACAGCAUUAUUACAGAUACAUCUAUAUCAGAUAUAGAUAUGAUCUGAUAGCAAAUAAUUAUUUAUAUAGACAUUAGUUACUUAAAAUAGAAAAAUGUGUCACAAUUUUAGUUUUAAAUAAGUAAUAUUCAUGCACCUCAUAUAUGAAUGGCCCACAAUAGUAGUACAAUUAUAAAAAAAAAGUUCAAUAUGUCAUGUUUUUUUUACUUUUUAUUAUUAGUUGCCUCUAUCGUUUCAUUUCUAUUAUCCAGCCCACAUACGUCUUUAUUUUAUCACAAGUUUUUAUGCAUUUUUUUAGAGUACUUAAAAAAACUAUUAUAAUGGGACAAAUGGAGUGUAACUAGCAUUAUUUAUCAAAAUGUUUCAUAUUUUGUUGAAAUAAUUUAUAAAUCAAUCUAAAUACUACACUUAUGUAGUGAUAAGUGUUUAAAGACAGUUACUAUUAUAAAUUUAACAUUUAUAUCAUUAAAAUGUGUAUCUAAUUUAAAUCAGACAUAUACAUAUAUGUAUGAUGAUCUGGAAACCAUUAUCAUAGUGUUUUAAUCACUUGUUUAUAUAUCAUUGCACAUGUACUCUUAGAAAAUAAUUAAAAUAUCUUGUAAAAAACAUGAGAUAGAGCAUGUAAUGUGACAUUGUCAUAGCCUAAAUAUAAUAUUUUAUUAUAUUUUCUGACAAUUUUAUUAAUAAAGUCGUAAUAACAUUUGACCAUUGUUAGAUUCCAUAUUUUAAAGUAAAUAAAUAUAUAAAUAAGCUUUCUAGUAGUUAUUCUAAUAUUAAUUUAUUUAAAGUGAUUGUUUGUUAUUGUUUUUUCUAAAAAUAGUGUUAAAUGGAUGUAGUUAGUUUAGAAAUCUGCUCUCUAAGACAUGUUAUUAGAAAACGGAAUCAUUUAAAUAUAUUUAUUGAAUUAAUCAUAUUGAUAAAAAGUUAAUUAAAAAAAAAAGUAUUUUUCUAGAGGUAUGACUUAAA